GGCGCUUCGUAUUGGUAUCAGUAGCGUCCGAAGUGGCCGCCGCGAAGGGCUGGCUGCCCGGCUACUUUGAAUUUUAUUUCAAGGGCAAGGCCAUGGCCGAGGCCGCGGCGGCCGAAGCGGCGGGCGACGCGAACGCGUACGUCGUCAAGCCCUCGUUCAUCUACGGUGGCGACAGCUUCGAGCUCUUCCCGCCGCGCGUGGCGAGCGGCUACGGCGCCGCGAUCGAGGAGAUCCUCUCGAACGCGAUCAUCACGAAAAUCGCCGACGUGCUGCCGGGGCUACUGAAGGUGGCCCUGCGGCCGCCGAGCUCCGUCGACGCGGUCGCGGAGGCGUGCGUCCGGUGCGCGGUCGGCGACUGUUCGACGACUGUGCUCGACGGUACCGUCGCCAUCAACGAAGCCGCGGGUGCGGACAAAGCAACGGGCUUCAGCGACUUCGUGGGUAGGCUGUCUACGAAUUAA